AUGAGGGCAAGAUCUACCUGCACUGGACCCUCCAGAGCUCCUAUAGAAGCCACAUGGACUGCCUCUACUGUAAGUACACCCUUAGAGAAGGACAACAUGACAACUGUCCCAAAGUUUAUCCUCUUAGGAUUUCAAGCCAGUCAGAAUAUAAGAAUUCUAAUGUUUCUUCUACUUCUUGUCUUUUACUGCUUUACAAUUUCAAUGAAUCUGCUCAUUAUCAACCUGGUAUCUACCAGCAAGAACCUCCACACUCCAAUGUACUUCUUUCUAACACAACUUUCUAUCAAUGACAUCUUAUUGCCCACAUAUAUUGUCCCCAACAUGCUUCAUAUCAUGCUUUCCUGUACAGGAACCAUUACUUAUAUUGGCUGUAUGACUCAACUUUAUUUCUUUGGUGGUUCAGAAGCUUCUGAGUGUUUUCUCCUCUCAGUGAUGUCUUAUGACAGAUAUGUGGCGAUCUGUAAUCCUCUCCAUUACACCUCCAUCAUGACAAGCACAUAUUGUGUCACAUUGGCCAUCAUCUCUUGGUUGGUUGCUUUCUCUAUUAUGUCAUUUCUCAUGAUACCAAUAUUGAUGCUAAAAUUUUGUGGAUCAAACACCAUUGACCAUUUCUACUGUGAUUUUGUUGCUAUAUUAGAACUUUCCUGUUCUGAUACCUAUAGUCUUCAGAUGGUAGUUUCUUUACUAGGGGUUCCAAUAAUUUUAAUCCCCAUAUUAACUAUUAUAUUUUCAUAUAUCAAAAUUAUCAUCACCAUCUUAAGGAUCCCAUCCAGUAUUGGUAGACAGAAAGCCUUCUCCACCUGCUGCUCCCACCUUACUGUGGUCUCCAUUUUUUACUGGACUAUGUUUGGUGUUUAUGUUUUGCCAACCAGAGGACAAUCAUCAACCAUCAGUAAAAUCCUAUCACUUUUGUAUACUGUAUUUACCCCUCUACUCAACCCUAUUAUUUACAGUAUAAAGAACAAAGAUAUUAAGAAAGCUUUACAAGAACACAUGUAUAAGCAUCUUAGGUCUUAG